GGGAGGGUAAGCUGGACGCUUACUAACGUAAGCAGUGGAUCACGUGCAACGUCUCCUUUAGCGACGUUCAACGUUAGACUCGGGUCUCCUACCUACUACCACCUGCUCGCUUGUAUAACGUUCUAAAUAAUCAUAACUUCGUCCUAUUAAUCUCGCCAGGUUCGUUUUGGUGUUACUCGCCGAUCCCCGGCGAGUUUCCAUGAUGCAUCAGGCUUUACUUGUUCCCGAAGUCCUCCUGGAGAUCUUCACCUAUGUGCACACAAGGCCAUCUACUACUCGGAAACUACCACAAAUAUACGCUCAUGUGAACAGAAAACCAUUUAUCCAAAUAACAUCGACACUUGCAGCGCUUGCAAGGACGUGCAAAAUCUUCCACGAGCCUGCGAUGGAUUUGCUGUGGAGUGAAAUCCAUGGGUUAGCACCACUGCUAGGCUGUGUAACUAGGUUACAUCCACUGAUAUAUUGUAAGGGUAUGACUUGGCUGGACGAGCUUCCUUCUUGGGUGGAAGGCAUCGAGCCAUUAUCUGCCCAUGAGGCCCGUCAAUUUCUGCGUCACUCCUCCCGUAUACGCACAUUGAACAUACAAACGACCCAUCACCACUUUCUUUCUGUCAUUCCCGCCGAGCCUUGCGUAUUUCCGAGGCUGAGGUCAUUAAGUCUUACCACCACAUUUUUGAAUCUCUUUCUGCCACAGACGCUGCACCAAUAUCAUCUAUUUAGUGUCGACGAGGGUCUGCAAUCUUUUGUGACACGUUGCAUUGCUUUGGAGCAUUUGGACAUCCACACUGACCGACAAGGCUAUCAUAACAGCGCAAGUCAGCUGUCCGAUAGAAUUCGUUGGUGCAGGCGGCUUGUAACCCUGUCUUGUCCAAUGCUCGACUGGGAAGCAUUGAAGCACCUCUCCUACCUCCCUACCCUUCUUAAAUUGGAAAUUUUUCAAGUGUAUGAUGACCCUCUGCUGUCAAACCGAGAUAUCGUGACUUUGUCAUUCCUUAACGUCACGAGCCUUUCCCUUUCCUUUCGACCGCUGGACAUGGACGGUGUAGACACCAUCACAGUCAUACAACACUCGCAAUUUCCCUCACUGAAAGAGUUCGAGUUUGAAGCCGACUAUCUGACUUUUGAAGAGGCCGAGCGACUCUUUCAUGCACUGUCCCACUGCCAAGCGGAUCAAACUCUAGAAAAAAUCAACAUUUAUUUAUGUGAUGAAAAUCUGCGGGAACCCCAAGACAAGGAGUCUUUGACACCCAUUCCCCAUUUCCUUUGCUUCACACAGCUUCGAACCCUGCAGCUCAUAUUUCACGAUUCCCACAUCUCCCUAGACAAUGACAUGAUCUUACAAGCUAUGUCUAGUUGGCCGCACAUCCGCACUCUGGAAAUCAGAGACUCUGGUGUUCCUUCUUCCGAAGUCUCCCUCCGUGGAUUAUUCACAGCACUCGGUCUAUGUCCACAAUUGCAUACACUACAAGUUCCAAUCAAUAUUGCAAUUAUAGACAUCGAUCCUGAUGCUGAGCCAAUACAACAUACCUCCCUACGAUCAUUGACAUUGCAGACAUCGGCGGAGUUUGAGAUAGCAGAUGCUGAAACUCUCGCUCUCGCUCGCAUCAUUUCCGCCUGGCUCCCUUGUGUCGACCGAGUUCAAAGCAUGUAUGGGAUUUUGAAUGAAGUCAACGAGCAUCUCUCAAAUCUUUGA